UUUAGGGCCCAGAAGAUGUUCUUAAAAUGGGAAUUGAUAAUUAUAACAAAGAAUGUCGUAGUAUUGUGAUGAGAUACUCAGGAGAAUGGCAGGUGGGUAGAGUAAGACUCAAAAUAGUUUUCUAACAACUGUAUCAUGACAAUUAUAAUCUAGAUUGCACAAAACAUCAAAACAGCAUCUCGUGUAAUGAAAAUUUCACACCAAUUUGUAUGUUAAAAAGAUUGUUAUAGUAAUUACUUCCUCUGAUAAGACAUUAUUCUGAUAUUGUUAUAGAAAAUUGUUUCAAGGCUGGGAAGGUGGAUAGAUUUUGAAAAUGAUUAUAAAACUAUGUAUCCUACAUUUAUGGAAUCUGUAUGGUAUGUACAUAACAGGGGCCGAUUGUACGAAGGCCAGUUUCUUUGUUGUUUUAUAAAUCAAACUGAGUGGUGCAAAGCCAAUAAUGCAGUAAUUUGAUUACUGCAUGUAGAUAGUUGAGGCUAUCUCGGCUAAAUGAGAGGAUUUUUGAAUUACAAUUUCAUAUAUCUGACUAGUAGUAUAUCUGACCACUAUGGUCCAUGUAAUUAUCCUCCUUAAUCACAUGAUAAUUCUAUUUGAGACACGAGUGAUUAAUUUUCUAGGUGGGUCUUCAAACAACUUUACGAGAAAGGAUUAGUGUACCGAGGUUUUAAGGUAUGUCUGGAAUGUUAUGUACUUGUAUAAGAAAAACUGCAGUUUUUACCGUUUUAAAAUUAUAAAUUUAAGUUUUCCCUUAAGUACAGUAAUCCUUCUAGGCUUUUAUGAUUACUGUAAUUAAUUAUUCUGAACGUUGAUUACGUAAGUACUGAAAAUAAUUAUGAAGAUUUGUUUGUUAUGUCUUGACGGGCAAGAUUGUUUUCGACUAAACAUGUAUAACGAGGUUUUGAAAUGGCUACCGGAUGAAAUUUUCACGAAGAAACACUGCAGGUAAUGUUUCGUGCAGUGUUUAGCGGAAUUUGAUUCACAUCACAAAAUGGUAUUGUAUGGAUGAAUAAAAUUUUCGUGAAACUAGUUUAUUAAUGAGAAUAUAAUUUGUUUGUCAGGUGAUGCCAUAUUCCACGAAAUGUACAACACCUCUGUCAAAUUUUGAAGCAAACCAGAAUUACAAGGAUGUUGUUGAUCCAGCUGGUAAUGUACAAUUUAUUGGAACAAAUCUUCCGCCCACUCAUUUUAGAUUAGGAAGAAAUAUAAGUUUACUCUAUAUCGACUCAAUAAUUUGAACUUGUUAUAGAAGUUCACAUGCAGGGAGAGUUAGGUUACAUUAAUCAGGAAAAUAUUAGUCUGGGCCAUACCUAGACCAUAUCUAGACCGCCUAGACUAAGUGGCUAAUUUAGAAGAAUAUUUGAUGUAAUCGGCCAGUGUGUAGGCCUUUAGGCCUAGUUUAGUGAGUUUCAUUAACCAACGGAAGAGCACAAGGUGGGCCAACAUCGGAAAAUGGCUGGAUCUACAAAAAUGAAAUUUGACCACCAAAUACAAUUGAAUUUUGGCCACUAAAAACAAAACUUGUACAUAAGAUAAGAAUGAUAAUUAUUUUCUCACUCUGAAAGCGACCUCGCCAUCUGCUACACAAUAGUGCUCAUUGAGCGAGCUUACUAAUAUAGUAAAAUGUGUUUUAGUAAUAGUCAAUUUUCCUCUGGAUGACGAUCCUGAAGUUAGUGUGAUAGCAUGGACAACAACACCAUGGACAUUGCCUAGUAACCUGGCCUUGGUUGUCCAUCCAGAUCUACAAUAUGUGAAAAUUAGAGGUAGGAUAUUAAAUAUUUUUCAAAAUGUGUGCUAGUCACUAUUGCUUUGUAUUUAAUUAGAGUGCGCAACAAUUUCCGUAAUUAGAGGUAUAGGAUUUCGAUUUGAAAGGACAUCAACCCUGUCUGGAAGGAAAGCUGGGGGGAGAAGGCCACAUCGUUUUCUCAACGCAGACGGCACGAAUACAAAAUAAAGCCAUUUAAUUCCUGUGCCAUCAUGUAGUAUUUGUUGGCCGCAAACGUUUCUGAAAUGUAGUUUUGCAAAACUUUCUCUUAGCCUCAUUAAUAUGGAGUUUAUUAAAAAACGACAUUUCCGAGUUUACUUCAUCAUUAGGUCAAAAGACUACAAAAUAUUGUUUAAACAGCUUGCGUCAAGCUUUCGACCCAGGUGGCGAAGCAUAUAGAAUGACAUGUCCGAGAAAAUUAUUAGUAUUAGAACUAUCAUUAGAAUGUUAUCUAAACUACAAAAUCCAAAAUAUUUAGCUGUUCGUAUUUGCUUUUCUUUUAAUCGCUGGAUGAACAGAGCAAGUACUGUAAUUAUUCUGAAAAUUGUUUGGUAAUUUUGAAUUUCCUUUCGAAGUUGUCAAGUAGGUUGUCGAGGCUGUUGGGAAUUUCAAACAUUAUAAAGUGUACAUAAUCAGGUUUUGGAAAGCCUCGGUGGCCAAUCGUAUGCUUCGUUUACAAACCUGUUUCUGAAUUUAUAACAUUUGUGAUCUCGGCCCAAGCAACUUCUUAUUCUUAACCAACUUCCCAACUUUAGAGCGAAAUUCGAAAUUGUAAGCUCUUUAUUAACCCAUUGACAAGUAAAAUCGUCUGGCGUUAGACAGAGUAAAAUAAUAAAGUAUAGGGCGUAUUGGGGCACAAUGCAACUUAAUGGGUUAAACCACGUGCAUAUUCUCCAUUCAUACCCGCGUCCAUAACAAUAAUACACAGUCACUUGAAAGUUGAAAUGUCAAAACAAAUACUGUAUGUUUACUUGAUAUUUUAGAGAAUCAAACAAGUAAAGUAUAUAUAAUGAUGGAAGCAAGAAUAACAGCUCUUUUUAAAAAACCUGAAGAUUAUACUGUCAUAGAAAGGU